AUGGUCGAUAAUGUAGAGACAGCCAGAGUGUCAACCUCGGCUAAUACCUCCCAAACUAGUAUGACAAGAACAUUAAAGGCCUCUUGCAAUUUUAGCCCUGGUGACGAAGGACACGUUUAUGAUGAAGCCUCUAUCCAAGAGCACGCGUUUACUACAUCAAAGCUAAGGAGUAUCGAGUUGUAUGAUAUCGUCACAUCCUUCCAAGUCUUUUCUGGAUGCCAUCGUCAGAUUGUGCGCCUUAUGAAUACUGUUAUCAGAGAUCAUGAAAAAUUAGCCGAAGAAUAUAACCCCCAUAUUUUUUAUGCCGGUCCUGUGUCUACUCUUCUAAAGGAAAGAACAAUCAAAGCUCAUGAGUAUGAUAAUUGCAAAAAUGUUUGUCAGCUCUUUGAUAUUACCCAAGAUGAAAAAGUUUGCUCUGUAUGUAAAGAAAGUAGAUACGAAAGCGAGGUUCCUGGCUCCGUGUUAAUUCCAGUCCAAACAAUAAAGAUGAUGUCCGUUGGUGAUCAGCUGUCUAAGCUUUUAAGUCAUGAGGAAACACGACAAAAGUUACGUUACCGUCAUGAUCGCAAGGAAAAUCCAGGAAACAUUUCUGAUUACUUUGACGGUGAGGACUACAAGGCUCUAAAAGCUGCCGACCUUUUUCAGUCUCCCGAAGAUAUUGCUCUGGUACUCUUUGUCGAUGGAGUUGUCAAUCAGUCAAAAUCGAAGCAAGAAAUGACAAUUGUGCAUUACAUGGUUCAACUUGUCACUAUUCCUGGUAAGCCCAAGGACUUAGAUUCCUUCUUCUUAUCGAUUGUUGAUGAGAUAAAAAGCCUUGGUAAACAUGGGUUGAUUGUCGAAAGAUGGAAUGGUGAGAGUGUAAAAGCAAAAGUGCAUUUAAUCAUGGCCACCGGGGACAUCCCUCACAACCAUUAUGUUGUGCAUAGUACUUUCCACAAAAGCUAUAUGGAAUAUUGGAGCACGAGGUCAAAUACUGCCAGCUCCACUUACUUGCGGGAACAGUCAACAAGUGUUGUAAGGGAGGUCCAAGAUAGUGUUCUCGGCAAUAUUGGAAAGACAAUCCAAACAAACCUUGUUUCGGUAGAAGAUAGCUCUACCAUGUCCAAUAUUAUCACAAACGAGUCGAACAUGGUCAAUAAUUUAAAAGAAGGCCAUUUACAAUAUCGAUUGCUUACUGGUUCUUCUCUUAUAAAUCUUGAUGAUGUGAGACUUACAGGGCUUGUUAGUCGAGAAGUAAUUGAACAAAUUAAAAAUGAUAUGGAUCUUCCUACCUUUCAGGUUAGUGAGGCGGCCGCUAUCCUCUUGUCCAAAAUUAAAGAAUCUGUAACAAGCUCUCGUGAAUUACGUACGCCAGCAAUUGCUAUUUCUUUUGUGCUGGCGCUCAAUACUACUAUUGCAGAAUUUUCUGGAGGCAUUAAUUUUAAUAAUGUUGAUAAAAAAGAAAAUCAAGAUUUGGUUAAAUUAUCUUCUGCUUGUAAAAAAUCAAUUGAUUAUAUCACGGCUUCAACGGAUUUAACUUUACCCAUACCUGAAUAUGUUGUAAGAUUCUACGACGGUCAGUUCUACUUGGAGUCCGCUGUCAAGUUACAUGAAGAUGUUUAUACUCACAGAGCGUAUUCAUUACAGUAG